GGAACAGAAGGUGCUGUAUUGUCUAUUUAAGGCACAUCUUAGCCAAGCUUCAACAACUGAAAUCAAACUUGGUUUUAGAUGAAGAUGAGCUUCGUUGUUGGUGUGGCAGUCCUGUUAGUAGCCAAUAUCCAGUAUGGAAUGGCAUCAUCUUCCUCAACAAGUGGUGCUGUGUAUACCCGUUGGGGUCGCUGGAAGUGUCGUGAAGGGGCGACAUUAGUUUACAGCGGUUUUGCUGGGGGAUCUCAUUAUCUUCACAGAGGUGGUGCUGUGGAACCAAUUUGUUUACCAGAGAAUCCACAGUGGGGACACGAUCAUACUACUCAUGCAGAAAGAGGUUUUGUCUACGGUGCCGAGUACGAGACUCGUAGUUUUGGCAAGCUAUCCAAGGUCCAAAAUCAUGAUGUGCCAUGUGCGGUCUGUGAGGCUGAUGGCAAGAAAUCUGUCAUAGUUAUCCCAGCUAGGAAAGACUGCAUCGAGGGUGGGGAAAAGAAUACAGUGGAUAUUUAAUGACCGGACGCCAUGAGCACGUAGCCGCCUCCACCUACACCUGUGUGGAUGACCACCCCAAGAGAUUACACGGGGGGCAAGGAAACAAGGAUGGAUACCUUUUCUAUCCAGUGGAAGCCCAGUGUGGUAGUCUGAAAUGUCCCCCUUUCAAACACAAUGGGGUAUUCCUCUGUGUUGUUUGUUCUAAAGCCUGAGGCGCACACUUUUUAUCCAAAUAAAAAUAUUGCACUUUAACCUA